ACGUUGUGUCAACCCCCAUUUCCAAAACACAGCACAGUGCGGUUAUUGUGUGGUUGUGCCUGUUGAAAAUCUCGAAAACUAAGUUGCCCCUUACUUUGAAAAGAAAAGGCCUUAAUAUGGGAAAGAAGACGAGGAAUGAGAGGGAAACUCCAAGCAAGGAAACGUUUGAGCCACUACCCCUUGAGAGCAAAACCCCAGCAACAGUAGUGCUGCUGUUGAACUCCCCAGAGGAGGAGAUUCUAGUCAAAGCCUGUGAAACGAUCCACACAUUUGCAGAGAAAGGAGAUGAGAACAAGGUUUCUCUGCUGGGACUUGGAGCAUUAGCACCUCUCUGCCAACUCAUUGCUCACAACAACAAGCUGGUCAGACGCAACGCCUUCAUGGCCUUAGGCAGCAUGGCUACAAACGGUGAUGUAAAGACUGCUUUGAAAAAAUCUGAUGCCAUUCCAUCAAUUAUUGAAAAACUGUCACUUGAAGAUGAUACAGUUGUCCAUGAGUUUGCAACACUGUGCCUGGCCUCUCUGUCAGAGGAUUUCGUCUGUAAGGCCCAGAUCUUUGACAACCAGGGCCUGCCAACUCUAAUUCGGCUAUUGUCUAGUUCAGACCCAGAUGUCAAGAAGAACUCACUAGAGACCAUCUCCAACCUAGUUCAGGACUACCCAAGCCGCCAGGCGGUACACAAAUUAGGAGGAAUCCCUCCACUUCUGGAGCUGUUAAAUUCGGAAUUCCCUGUCAUUCAGCAUUUGGCUUUAAAGACGCUGCAAAAUGUCACAACUGAUAGAGAUGCGAGAAAAACCUUCAGGGAGAAUAAGGGAUUUGAGAAGCUUAUGGAUAUCCUUAAUAAAAUGAACUUCAGUGAUCUACACGCUGAGGCUUUACAUGUACUGGCUAACUGUUUGAGUGACAGUGAAAGUGUCCAACUAAUUCACAGGAGUGGAGGACUGACCAGGUUGAUGGAAUUUGUCCUCACCCAGAGAAGACCUGAAAUCCAGUCAAGCAUUAUUAAAUGCAUCACCAGGGUGGCUCAGAGCUCUGAGAGUUGCAAAGUGCUUCACGAGCAGGAUGUGGAGAAGGUUCUGGUUGAGCUUCUGUCUGUGGAGGACAUCGGCGUGAAAACAUCUGCCUGUCAGGCUGUGGCCGCCCUGAGCUUCCACGUAGACAGUAAAGGUCGCUUCGGAGACCUGGGUUGUAUCCGUGUCCUGGUUAAGCUGCUGAGCAGCGAGCAUUUGGCACUGAGAGAGGCAGCAACCCAGGCCCUGUCCAGCCUCACACAUAACGACAAGCUAAAUGCUUCUGAAGUGUGUGAGGCAGGUGGCCUUGAGUUCCUUAUCCCGCAGCUGCAUCAAAGCUGUCCAAAGACAGUUGCCAGUUCUGCUGCCACACUUCUCAACAUGGCUGAACAGGAGGACAUCCGCCGUAAGAUCUUGUCACAUGGAGCCAUACAGGCUCUGGUGGAACCCUUGAAAUCUACAAAUACACAAGUCCUGGUAAACACUGCACGUUGCCUGGCGGUGCUGGCCUGUGGUGAAGAAGCCAGAGCAGAGCUAUUAAGUGCUGGAGGCCUUGAGUUUCUGGUCAAACUGCUCCGGUCUCAAUACAAGGACGUGCUGCACAGUGCAUGCUUGGCAGUGAAUGUCUGUGCCAGUGAUGAGCCCACUGCUGUGGAGAUGUGCAAAUAUGGAGCCCUGGAAAUACUUCAGGAAAUCAACCAGUCAAAGACUCAUAGGAACAGUUUCAGCGAGCUGGCCAUGAACAGCCUACUUAACUCCAAUUUGUCUUUUAAAUACAGCCUGACAGGUUAUUUGGCCUCCACUGACAUUAUUACCUGCGGCUUCUACGAUGCUGGAAAGGCUCGUCCCGGUCAGAGGAUGCUGACUUUAGAGGAACUGUCCAACCAACCGGUUAACCAGUGGCAAGCCGUUAUUUUCGUCAACACAGCAACAGUAUCGCCAGAAGAGGCAGUAGAUGUGCCAGAAGAGACACAGAGCAAGCCAGCAGAAUCAGACAGCAGAAUCAAAGGAGACCGUAAGACACCAAAAGAGGCAGUAGAUGUGCCAGAAGAGCCUCAGAAGAAGCCAUCCGAAUCAGACAGCAGAAUCAACGGCGAGCGCAAGACGCCAAAGAAGAAGAAGGAAGAGAAACAGAAAGAUCAUGUCCAGCCUGAGUCUCCUGCAGAGAAACCAGGAGGCAUGAUGGAGGAUGUCUCCUUGCAGAUUCUUGUAAAAAAUGCUAAAAAAUGCAUCCUUCCACUGAACGAUGAACAAAAGCAGUAUGAAGACUUAGCCAGGCUGGUGAGCGAUGCCAUGGGGGGAGCAGUGGAGAUGGAAAAGAUGCAUGAAUUUUCAUGGAUUCUGCACCUCAGUGAGCUCAAGAUUCAGCUUAAGUCUAAUGUUAUUCCCAUUGGUUUAAUCAGAAAAGGAAUCUACCGUCAUAGGGCCCUCCUGUUCAAGUCGCUGGCAGAUUGCAUUGGACUGAGUUGCACACUUGUUAGGGGAGACUACAAUCGGACUUGGAAUGAAGUUCUUCUCUUCAGUAGGAAUCCCUCCAACAAGCUGCACUCUUCACAGCCUUGUCGCUAUAUAGUUGACCUUAUGCACCAGCCUGGAAACCUAUUGCCAGUCAAUAGCCCUGCUGCAGUGCAAUACCAAACUAUAUGAAGCAAUCCUUUAGUGUAUAAAUACCACAGAGACAUUUUGUCUAAUGUGCAUUGUAUACACAGGAUAAUUGAUUUGUACAUAAUGUAUGUUUAUGAGUAUAUGAUGUGUGCAUGCAGACCUGUGUGUAAUCAUAUAAUACAUUAUU